AUGUCAGCAGAAAGCUCAACCAUCACAGUCCGUCUUGUUCGUUCUUUUGAACACCGGAACUUCAGACCUGUGGUGUAUCAUGGCGUUAACUUGGAUCAGACAGUAAAGCAGUUCAUUACUUUUGUGCAGAAGGAUGUGCCUUCAAGAACAGGACUUCCUCCUCCUUUCAAAAAUUACAACUAUGAUACAAUGAAGAUUAUUCACCAAGCACACAAAUCUAAGACUGGUGAACUUGUAGUGAGUUUGGAAGAUGAUGACAAACUCAUUUUGAAAGAAGACAAUACGCUGAAAGCAGCUGGAGUAG